UUGUAACCACCUACAGUUCGAGCUGGUGAACCUCCAGCGGGCCAUGCGGAACCAUAAGACUCAGCACGAGGAUGCCACACGGGCACUGGAUGCCCGUGUACUGGACCUGGAACAGGCUGUCCCAGGACCAGAUGCUGGGGCUUCCAGCAGUGCAUCCUCUAGCCGCCAACUGGAGGAACGCGUUGACCACGUAGUGGMAAUGCKAGGAGACAUAAGUGCCUUCACAGAGUCGGCCACCAUCAGCCAGCGGUUCGAGUUGCUGGACACUAAGAUCAGUCAGCAACAGCCGACCGACCACAGCCACAACAACAGCUCGGCAAGGCCAUACAAGAUGCCGACGUUCCGGAUCGAGAAAUUUGACGACUACACACAUCAAGACCCGGUCGUCUGGUGGCAAGGAUUUACAACGGAGUUGGGGAUCCACGAGGUCCCUAACCAUCUGUUCAUCAGUGCUCUAUUCAUCAACACCAAGGGAGGAUGUCAGAUCUGGCUCAGCCACAUGGCAACCAUCCACGGCGUCCAGGUUUCAGACCUGCAUAAGAAGGUCACCUGGGAGGAUAUGGCAAAUGAAUGGAAGAAGCGGUUCAUAGUGGAUGACGCACCCGCGCUCGCCAUCAACCGCAUCUUCGCGAUGGCUCAAGGGAGCACACCGACACGUGACUGGCUCACGGAUUGGCAGAAGAUCGUGGCCACGCCCGAUCUGGACUUGCCAUUUCCGCAUCUGCGCCGUGAGUUCUACAACAGGUCAUGCGCCGCUCUGAGCCUCGCACUUGGUGAUCGCGAGCAGUACCACACUUUCGCAGAGAUCAUCAACAAGGCGAGAGAGAUCAUCAAGACCAACAGGUCAGCUGCACACGAGAAAUCAACAUGGCAGCCGACCUAUGUGGAGAAGGCACGAAGUGGUCCGCGACAGCAGCACUUCGCUGCAGUCCAGCAGGACAGUGGAGAUAACCCAGCAGCCACUCCAGCAUCRAGUGACGGAGAUCARGUGGCUGYUGUCCAGCCGCGAAGCAACAACAAGUCCCGCAACAAUGGGAAGGCGAAAUCCGCAUCGCAGGUCGGAAAUGGACAGCCAGUACAAGUUCCAUGGGUCAAGUUCGGCUUGACCGAGGCGGAGUACAAAGUCCGCGGCCGCUAUGCCUCCUGCACAUCUGGGGAGGACGCGAAUGUCGCAAGUUCUCGUUACUCUUACGAGGACUAUGCUGUCUACUUGGUUCCACCGCUGGACCAGCCGCUCCACGUGCAACAGUCCACCGCAUGCAUGGUUUCAUCACCAUCGGCAACCGAUUCGGCACCUUCGCCGCAAUCUAUCGCCUGGGAUCCGACGUCAUGGUCAAGACUUGAUGAGCUCGACCCGUUGACGUUCACGGACUUCCAGUGGAUGCCCGUUCCCUUGACCAGACGAUUGCCGAAAUCGCAUUGCAACGUGCUCAUGGCACAACUGCGGGAUUACUUGCACACUGCAGUACCGACUCCGUUGAUGGACGCCGGAGUAGAGGUUGUCGACCUUCACGCCUACAGUGCGAAGAUCGACCGCGAGUUCAAGACGCAACGAUAUUCGCUGAUGACGUCAACAGCUUCCCAAGUACGAGCAGACCUCGGCCAAUGCCGCACUCGUCAAGCACCAGAUCGCGUUGUUACUCUCCCACUUCACGGACUUCUGGCGACGUGCAUUGCACAAGAGGAGGACAUCCAUUCCCUGGACUACGAGGUCAAGCGAGUCGGCAGCCGCUUACAUAAGCUGGAGCAACGACCUGUCACAACCCCCGUCGCCAGCUCCUCCAACACUUUUGAUCGCCUUGACGCAUUGGAAGGCGUCGAAGCACUCAAGAACAGCGCGAAGCUACAACAAACCGCAACUCAACAACUUGGGCAGCAGAUCUACACUGCCAUCGCUAACUCGAGCACAUCACUACGCGAAACGACUCCGAAGUUCGAUGGUCAGGAGAUCUUUUGUGACUCGACGAAGACGGACCCAAUUCCGUGGUUCCGCAAGCUCGAGCUCAAGUUACAGCUCCACCAUACUAGCAAAGAGAUGAAACAUGCAUAUUUGUACUCCCGAUCGGGGGGCACGUGCCAAGCAUGGUUGGACAAUCUCUUGUCCAAGUACGGGGUGGUGGCUGCCGACUUGUAUACCAAGAUCAGAUGGCAUGAUCAGAAGGCGGCAUGGCAUAAGCGGUUCCAAAUAAAGCCGCCGGAAAUCAAAGCAGUGGACAAAUUGCUGACCUUCGAACAAGGCACACUGUCGAGCGGCGAUUGGAUUGUCGAGUUCCAACGCUUGGCAUCAACGUCGGGCACACUGCCGAGCGGCGAUUGGAUUGUCGAGUUCCAACGCUUGGCGUCAACGUCGGACGUACCGAUGGGCUUUACGACCAUCAAACACUACUUCAUUACGAGGUCGUGUCCGACACUAUCCAACGCAUUGACUCACGUUGAGGAGACUCUCACUACAACAUCGGAGCUCUUCGACAAGGCCGUACAGAUUAUUGUCACGAACACGGAGGUCAAGAACCUCAACCGUUCGUCUGCGGCAGGUACGAGCAGAGAACAACGUCGAUCGAAGGUGGCCGUGGUCGUGGCGGCAACACCGACUGACCCUUCAAGCGAGGUUGUGUCUUCCAAUGAAGAGGACAGACUCGCAGCCGCCUGGGAUGGUGGCCGCCCUAGCAGAGGCGGAGGACGCAACAAAUCGAAGACAAACACCACGUUCGCCUACAUGAACCUUGUUACGACUUCUCGUUCUUCAAAGGAUGAGGUUCCAACAGACUUCUCACUGCAGCGUAAGCUGCAGGUCGCCAAGGUCAGCGCAUUGCCACCAAGGGAUGCACUCGAUAGGAGCCACGACCAAGGGACGAACCAGAGCACGAGCGGCAGUAGGUCGGCAUCGAUAGCCUGUAGGAUGACUGCAGCAGCUGAAGUAGCGCCCACGUCGAGAAAGGCACCAGCUUGGAUGACGAAUGUACCUGGUCGUGUUGACGGGCCAGGUGCAGCUGCAAGAACGAACUUGGAGAUGGCUAUGGGCUGUGGUGGGAUAGCGAGAGGGGGAGGGAGGGAAGAGCAGAGGUUUGAGAACCUGCUCCGAUACCAAUGUGACGCACAUGCGAAGGGCACCGGCCGCCCGACGGCCUUCGCCAUCGCCGCGCGCGGCCUUUUCAAGCGCACGGCCAUUUUAGUGCCCGGCCGCGGCCGGAGGAGGCCGAUCUCGGCCGAUCUCGGCCGGACGCGGCCGAUCACGGCCGAACUCGGCCGGACACGGCCGAUACGCUUCCGGCUUUGCUUGAGGCCGACCAGCCGGGGAGCGUGGGGGCCACGGGAGUGCACAACCUCGGGGGAACGCGGCAACGUCGGCAGCGGGGAUGUCGCGAACUACAUCGACGGUGCAACAAGGUCAGACGACAUCGACGAUCGACGCCGCGACUUGUUGGAUCCGGGUGGGGGGGCGAUGACGGGGGGUGCAGGGAGCAAAGGUGCGGGGGGGUCUGGGGGUGCCCAAUUCAACCCACUGUCCGAGAAGGAGAUGGCGAAGUUGAGGCGAGGGAACAUUGUUUGGAACUUCAUCACCGCGGGGCAGUACGUCGGGGACCAGUCGAAGAUGCAUGGGGACCGAAAGUUGCGUUGCAACUUAUGCGGCGACCUGUUUCAGGGGGGGUCGUUGAAGGCCGCGCGCCAUUUCACGCAGGCGAAGUUCUGCAAGGCUGGGGGGAUGAGAGUUCUCGCGGAACUCUGGAACGGCACGGACUACACAUUCGUGCCGUCCACUGCUCAGCGGGUGCAGAGGUGGAUGGCAGAUGAGGGCAUACGGGACAUGAGAGUGCCCGCGGGUGGCCAGCGACAGCGGAUGGACGACGCAGAGAGGGACGAGAUUCAAGAUGCCCUCGAUGAGGAGGAGGGCCGCGAGGGUGGGGCCAGGGAGGCGGGGGUGGCAGACGAGGCAGACGAGGGAGUCGGAGAGCCUGACCUGCCAGGGGAGGAGGUGGUGAUGACGUCGAGAGGCGUCGGUCGAGCGGGUCCCGCUCCUAGGGUGCCGCGACCUGAGUUGGAUCGCGUGAGGAGGGAGAAGAGGGCAGUGGGGCAGGCUGGCGUCGAGAGGGCGAAGGUGGCGGCGAUGGUGAGCAAGGUGCGCGUCGCUUUCCGGCACAGCGGUGCCACCAUGCUCUCCGACGGGAGGAAGUCGCGCAGCGGCAAGCCGCUCGUGAACUUCCUCGCCGGGGGCGCCAAUGGCGCCCUGCUAUACGCCACCGUCGCACGCGACGGGUCGGUUCGAGACACCGCGGACAUCAUGUACCGUAGGUGGCGGGCCAUCAUCUUGUCCUUUCCUGCAGAGGACGUGAUCGGCUUCUGCACUGACUCCGCCAGUAACUAUACGGCGGCAGCGCGCAGAUUCGCCACUGACCCCGAGCCUGACAUUAGGAGGAUCACUUGGCUCCCCUGCUCCACCCAUGUCUGCAACUUGAUGUUGUCAGAUAUUGGGACACAUGUAUCUCAGGCGCAGUGGGUGCAGCAGCAGAUCCGGGACGGGGAGUUUUGGCGGUGUGUCUAUUACGCCAUCCUUGUCAUGUCGCCCGUCCACCAGCUGUUGCGCAGGAUGGAUAGGGGGGGGAUGAUGAUGUCCAUCAUUUACGAGUGGAGUCAGCAUGUGCUGCAGUUGAUGAGGAGGGUGGACGUGCCGGAGGACAUGAUCGAGUCGUGCGUGCGUGAGGUUGCCAUCCGCAACCUCCACAUGCUAGAGCCCGCACAUGCCACGGCCCACCUCCUCAACCCUCGUCGACGGUCCCUCACAUAUUACCAUUCGUUGGAGACGACCGCCGACGACCGCCGUGUCGUCGAGGAGUGCGACAGAUUUCUCCUGGCGCAGACCAGCGGCGAUCCGGUCGGCAGAUUGUACAGGCGCGUGAGGGAUCAGAUGAGGGCGUUCCACUCGAGGCGAGGGGAUUGGGGAGGUGACCUCUCCGAUGUCGAGGCGGAGGAUUGCAGGGGGGACAGCGAGACUGAGCGAUGUGCAGCGUGCGGAGAAGCGGAGAGGAACUGGGCGCAGCACGAGCGCAUCAACACGGCGAGGCGCUGCAAGCUUGGGUUUGCCAAGCUUGCACAGCUGGUUGAGAUUGCCACCAAUCUCAAACUGGCCUCGUGCGCACGGCAAGGUGGUGGCUACGUGUUGCCAUGGGUUAUGGGGACCGGUCGGGGGGGGACGGCGGCAGAGGACAAGGAUGAGGACGGAGACGUGGAGCCCGAGGUGUGGGGAGCGCGACCUGCUGGCAGUGUUCCGGAGGUGGAGAUUGAGCGGCAGAUUGUCGCUUUCCAGCACAGCCGACCGUCCAGAGCCCAUUCGGUUCGGGACGUGUUCGGCAUCAGGGCGACGGAGCUGCGACCGUGGCCAGAGGGUGGGGAUGAUGUGGACGCUGCUGCGGCAGACGACGACAUCAACGACGACUGGACAAACGAUGAUCACACGCCGGUGAGUAGCGACCCGACGGCUGAGCGGGUGUACUUCACUUAUGGUGGGGGUCGUGCCGACAUGGAUUCAUUCACAUCAGUUAUCACUGGUGGUGCGCCGUCGACUGCACAGGCGAGUGGCAGCAGCAGAGCCGGUGGUGGUCUUGGAGGACGUUCGCAUGCGGAGGUUGGCGUCGACGACUCGGGGGAGCAGCAGCCACAGGGAGGUCUUCGGCAGACAGGCAGGCGAUGGGAGGUUAGGAGCGACAGCGAGGCCGAGGAGGAGGCCGAGGAUGAGCGGGUAACCCUUCACGAUCGUCGCUCCUCUCCCUCCCAUCAUCGGAGCGCUGUACAGCCCGAGGCACUUAGGCGUUCGGAGAGGUUGGCGUCGACAGUAGGCAGAGACCGGACGCAUGACGGCGAGGAUCGUGGGGGGGAGAGGACUCCUUCCAACGCCGGUAUCCGCCCCCGCUCGCCGUCGGUGCUCCGCACAGACGACUUUGACGUCGUAGAGCUUGGUGGGAGUUUGGGAGAUUUCAGUGUCGAGGGACGUCGACGUGCCUCACCGUCGGAUGUGCGCACCGACACGGACGUUGUGCGGGGCCCUGUUGAGACUGAGGAGGAGAGGGAUGACCGUUUGGAGCGAGAGGAGGAGGAGCGGCUGGGGAGUUUGCCACGAUGGGAGGUUCAAGGGGAGUUCAAUGAUGAGGGACAGGAUGCCGCCGCGGGUGGUGAGUCAGGUGGUGGACGACGCGGCGACGAGGAGACCGCGGGUGAUGAGGGCAUCGAGGGGCAGGAUGUUGUCAUGGGGGGUGGGUCCCCUAGUGGGGGGCGUGGCGACAGCGAGACCGCGGGUGAUGAGGGACAGGGUGCCACCGUGUGUGGCAGAGGAGAGGGUGGACCCGGUGGAGAUGGGGAUACCGCGGGUGUCGGUGGAGACCAUGGACCGGACGGAGAUGAUGACGACGACCACGAUCCCGAGGACGAUGCGUAUAGGCUCGCCUUGGUGUUGAGGGACCCCACAGUACCUCCCUUGCGUCCUGACGACACAGCGCACACUUUCUUCGACGCCGACGCUUUGGCGCAAGCGUUCACGGAUGACCCUUUCGCACACGUGAGCCGCAAGAGCGGCAAGAGGCGGGCCCCUGGGAGGGUAUAUUCACCGCCGCCGUUCGUGGUGGAGAGCCCUAACUGGGUCGACACCGGGGACCGGACGGCGGCACCCGGAGUUGCGCACAGUGGCGGAUCCCCGCCGACAGUCCGAGGUGGUGUGGGUGGCGGAUGGUCAGCUGUUCGUCGGGUCGGGGACCGGUUGCGGGCGGCUUACGACGCCGGGAGGGGCGUCUUCACGGGACGUACGCUAGUUCAGACGCAGGCUGCGGAGGGUGGGUCUGGAUGUCCGAGCCUGCAGAUGGCAGGCCGCAUGCUCGGUUUGUCACGAGCGGAGAUGAGGAGAUCAUUGGUCCUCGAGGCCACAGGGACAUCCACGGACAUGCUGCGGAGAGAGCAGUUCACAUCGGGCGAGGAGGGGUUGUUGAUGCGUCCCGGGACGAGACGACAGCAUGGCCUCUCGGAGGUUGAGGCUCGACUCACGGCAGGGGUCGGCGCUGGCCAGGCAGCAUUGGACGCGAUUGAGAGGGAGAGAGAGAUGGGGAUUGUUGCACGGGCGGCGGAGGACGAGGACGCAGACACAGAGUCCGAGCCGAUCGAGACUGCGGCCCGCAAACACAGGGCACAGGUGGCCGCGGCAGCCGCUGCAGCACAGGCGGCAUACCUCAACGGGGCACAGGGCACAGGUGCCGGAGGGAGAGGAGGGCGCCGGGGAGGACCGCAUGGCCACCCGUCCUCCGGGAGAGGCCGCCCGCGCUCUGGAGGGAUAUGACGACGUCCGUGGUAUUUUUUUUUUUUUUCAUUAGUUUUUUUUGUUUUUUGCGUGGCUGUACAGCCUGGACGCUCUGUCGGCAAGGUUGUUGCAUAUUUAUGUCGAUGUUGUUCCAUGGAGACGACGACAGUAUGUGGACAUUAGUUUUUUUUUUUUUUUUUUUUUUUUUUGCUGCUCGGUUGUGCAGUAGAGACUACGGGUCCAGUUUUUUGCUUCAGCCUUGUACAUAGGGUCCAGUUUUUUUUUGCUACUUGGUUGUACAGUAGAGACGACGGGUCCAGUUUUUGGCUUCAGCCUUGUACAUACACAUUUCCAUUGAAAUGCUUUGUCAUAUAUUUGCUCUUGUUCGUGUUCCUCUACCAACAUUGGUCUUGCAUCUGAGUCGCUGUUAUUUGGUGAGUGGUUUGUGGUUUGUUGUCAUGAUUGUUGCAAAUUAUGUGCUUCUCUGAUGCCACGCACCUGCAUGUCAUGGAUGCCUCCAUUAUGAAUGUGCUGUUAAUUUCAGAUGCGACAUAGGGAUGAUGUGCUAAUGAAUGUGUUCUUACAAA